GUAUUGCCUCUGUGAGAGUGUUUGUGUUCCCCCUCAGUCUCUGAAGUCUAACUCUGUUCAUACUGAGCUGUCUGAGCUUCAGGAUGACCCGCAGGGCCCUUCUCGCUCCCCUGCUGCUCCUGCUGGGCCUGUUCAUCCACAGUGCCGUCAGUCAGGAGGCUGAGAACUCAGAGGCAGGAGCGCCUCCACCACCAGGCCAGGCCUCUGAUGGCACGCAGGCGGAGGACGCAGAUGAAGAGUGGGGACUGAACUCUCUCAGAGGCAGCUUUGAGGCCGUCGGCAGCUACUUUGACUCGAUGCUGGAGUUCAUGGGCGGACGUGAUGGAGUGUGCCAGUACCGCUGUAGAUAUGGUAAAGCUCCUCUUCCUCGUCCUGGAUACCAGAUGCCAGAACCUAAUGGAUGUAGCUCCUACUUCUUUGGACUUCCUGUUCCCGAAGGGAUGGACAUGGGUAUUCCUGCCAUGACCAAGUGUUGCAAUCAGCUGGACAUGUGUUACGACACCUGUGGCUCCAACAAGUACCGCUGCGACUCCAAGUUCCGCUGGUGUCUCCACAGCAUCUGUUCAGACCUCAAGAAGAGCCUUGGCUUUGUGUCAAAAGUUGAAACAUGUGAGACAGUAGCAGACACCUUGUUCAACACAGUGUGGACUCUGGGAUGCAGACCCUACAUGAACAGCCAGAGGGCAGCGUGCUACUGUCCAGGAGAGGAGAAAGAUGAACUUUAAAGAAGAC